AUCGAAGCGGUUCUCUAAGACAGUAGUUACUACAGCUCAUGUUGUUUUCAUUAGAUUUGAAUUAGUGAUGAUUAGUGCCUAGUCGCUAGAUGCUGCAGGUUUGGUCGUUCACCUUUUUAACUCAAUAUACAUUUUUUUAUUUGUUAAAUUGUCAAUACACAUGCUAAUAUAUAUAUAUAUGUAUAAAAAUUUGACAGUGUUUGUUGUCGGUCUGGUUGUGCCGAUCAAUGAAAUCCAUUAAAUAUCCGGUGGUAACCGGGUAAAUGGAGUUUGGUUGAAAAGUAACAUGUGUGCUCCUAUCCACGGUACCCACCAGCACGAGAAGAUUAAUAAAUUAAACUCGACGCGACGUUUCUUCCUCCACCGGGUGUGCUAUUCUCAUUCUAGGACUAUUCUAGUCUCGGCACGUCCCAAGCUCCUUCUCGCGCAGUCUUGUUUCGCGCAUUGCCCACGGCAGAUUGUAUUGCUCUUACUUUAUAAACUUGUCGUUAUCGUCUAUUCUACUCUACCUUCUUACACAGAAACACACACUCUUUUACUUGCACACACUGACAAGACGACUCUUUGCCCCCUUACUUGCGGCUUCCUGUCAUUCCACAUUGGACAUUUCAUGCUGCUCGUCAAGUCCGUUCAACUCACCGGCGUCCAGUAUUUUCCGUUUGGACUUUGCAAACAAGAGUAGAGAGUGGGAGGAGUAAAACUUAAAUUUAAAAUAAAUAAAUAAACUAGUGAAAAGAUGCAGUGGCGCCGACAGAAGAAAGUCAACCAUGUGAUUGGCUCAGCCCAUCACGUUCUUCUAAUAGCGAGGUACCAAUACGACUGUCCAUCAGCACCACCGGGUGACGAUGACGAUGAAGAUGGAAUACGAAAGGCCCGCGAUAGCAGUACAAGAAACACUCAAAGUACCCACAAGUCAUCUCACCCGAGGUCUUCGGAGCAAAAAAACAGAACCGAGAACGGAAUUUCAAACGGCGACUCUGCAGGUGCAUCACCCUCAAGAUCAUCUCAACCCAAAAUUAUUUUCGAUGAAAACGAGUACACGCGUAUCACAACACCACGACAGGAUGUACUUUUCAAAAAAGGUUACCUUGCACGUAAAAAAGUUUGGUCGGGUAAUAAUGCCAGCACGAGUGCAACACCGUCGACUACUGAAAGUCAGUCGGCCUCUCACUCCACUGCUGACGGUAGUGAGACAACCGAGGAUCCCCAGCUACUUGAUUACCGUGAAAACGGCCUCGAGGAAUUUUCAAAUGCUGAACCACCGGCACAGAUGAGCUACGGAACAUUUUAUGAUCACGCUAGUGGUUAUUAUUAUGAGUAUCCUGUCAUGGUCGUCGGUCCUCCGAUGCCUGGUCCACCAAUGCACAAUCUUUUAGCCGCUAUGCCCUGUGACGCAGUACCACUUAGACCAAUUGAGUGGGUAAAUCCUGCUUUUGUACCCAAAUACGAGCAGCCGUACUGUCUUGUCGAUUACCAGAACCCCCAGGUAGAUCACCAAUUGCCACCGACGAUCCAUGAGAACGGAGUGGCUCCAACAGAACCGGAGACUACCAACGGGGAUGAACCUGUGGAGAAUGGAAACGGCAGUACAAGUUGGACAGGAAGUGUCGCUGGAGAAGAACCAGUGAAUGGAGACGAGCAACAGCAAAGCUCAUCAGCAGAACCACAAAAUCAACAGGAUCCUCAGGCAAACUUCGACGAAGUGAUAGUGGACAGUAGUUUCCCCAGCGAACCAUGUCUCGAAACUGUCCUUGCUCAGCAGCUGCAUGUGUCACAUGUGGGCCCGCCCGUACCUCAGCCUUACAUGUAUCCCGGUCACUAUAUGUUUGGUCCAGCGCUCAUUAAUGUCAACGGUAUGACUAUUCAGAGCGGACCAAUGAUGAGGACGAACGACAUGAAUGCUACAACAACGGCAUUUACCAGACGCAGAAAGAAGAAAAAGUUGAGCAGAAGAAAACUAAGACGACCUCUUGGUCUGGAUAACAGUGAGUAUUGCGGACAAGAAGAAGAAGACUACAGUUCAGAAGCUGAUAAUAAUGGAGUUCAAACUUCAAGUUGUAUAAACAACAGUUUCGUUCCAACGAGCAGUCGUCCGUUAAACCCAAACUGUAAAGAAUUUGAAUUUAAGCCAAGUAAAAUUAUUUCACAAACUUCAAAUGUUGCUGUUGUAAAUUCAGUAUCAAUAUCUAAAGUCGUAUCAGAAAAUCACAGCAAUGAUUUACAGCCUUCCGAUUUUAAAAUAAAUAUAAAUUCUAUAGAUUUAUCAAGUAGUAAACCAACUACUCCAGAUGCUCACAGUACCCCGACUGAAUCACCGGCGAUUGUUACAAAUAUCGAGUACGCAACAGAGGCAAUUGCGAAUGAGUCCAGCCAAAUGAAUGGCCUUGCUAAUGGUAACGCCAGUAAUGAAACUCAAGAAACUGAAAUUGGCGUCGACGUCACGUGCGCUGACUUUAAUGAUAUAAUUGAUAAGCUCGAAGACAAUUCCACGGAUAUACUUAUUCAAAAUCCCGUGGAUACGAUUGUGCCAAACGGAAAUGAAGACUGUGAUCGACUGUCCAAUGGUACUGUUAAGUCUGUAGGAACAAACGAUUCACGUGAUACGCCUGUGAUUCACCGGUUACCGAACAAAGAAACUUUACCUAAAAACAACGUGCCUAAGAAGAAGUACAAAAGUACAAAACUGGUCCGUGAACCGACCCCUGGUCCAGAGUGUGAGGAGCAGCAUCCAAGUACAUCUGAACUUGAAACAGAUCUUGAGACUCACGUCGAGGGUGUGCCCAUGGGUAUCGAUGCAAUUCAAGCUCAGAUGAAUGCCGAUACAUCCAACGAAGAUUCGGGAUUCGAGAGUCAAACCCGUUUUUCCAGCAACCGACCAAUAACAGAUGCCGUGACACAGUGGCUUCGACGCGCCAACUCGCCAGAAUUAUUUGUCACGACAAUAAAUAAUAACAACAAUGAAGACAGUGAAACGGAAGAUGACGAGUUAGAAGACAGCGAGCCGCCAAAAAACUUGCAGGGCAACCCCAUGCCUGCACUAUCUGCUAAUAGCAGCGCGCACGACGUAACAACGUCGUCGCGUCCGGCUAGCUGCGGCGAAUUCGCAAGAACCGACUCUCCUCGAGAUGGCAAUGCAUCAUCGUCACGUAAAAAAUUACGCUCGAGGGGUAGUAAAAAAAAAUUACCAAAGAAUAAGACUGCGGUCACGACAAAUAACGAUGAUAAUAAUAAUAAUUCCGAAGGAGUUAAUUUGACUAAUCGUCAACAACGAAAGAAAAGUCGUGCUGCCGCGAGGCUUAAAAAUAAACAAUUAAAUGGUAAUUGCGAAUUCACGGAGAAGGAUAGCGAUGCGGGUAUGAGGGUUGCCAAUAACUCUCGGAUAACAAAAACGGAUAAAAUUGAGUCAAUAACGAAUCGUUCUGAAGAAUCUGUUGAAUCUAGUCGUAAGAUUGAGAGGAUCAACACUGAUCUGGUUAAAACAUAUGAACAGGGAGAGAUUGUUGUGUCUAUUGAUGGUAAAUUAAUAUCCACGACUAUUUGUGGUACUACCGUACAAUUAAAAAAUAAUAUAAAUAUUGAUCAAGAAGGAAUAAAUUAUGAAGAAUCGGUCAAUAGAAGCGCGAAAAAUUCAAUUGGAAGUAUCGAGGAGCCGGACAUGCUCGAAUACUGGGAGUCUGAAAAAAUUGAACCAUUUAAUAAUAAUAAUGUGAAGCCGGUACUUCAAACGCAUGAUGAAAGUCUCCAAUCAGAUGAAAUUUACAAUGAUAAUAACGAUAAGUCUUGCAUUAAAGUCGAUCCAGUAAGCUUAGAUAUUGUUAGAAAGUAUUAUAGACUAGCACGUGGAAGUGUGCAGAGUAUUUCGAGCAUUGAAGAUGGUAUUUGUGAUUUAAAACAGUCUGAUAAUGAGUCUAAAUCAAGAUUAGUAACUCCAGAGCGCAGUACUGCAGCACAUGUGUGUGGCAAUAAAAUUCCUGUGAUUUCAUCACCUAAUCAGCAAUAUAAAAAACUGCCAAUAGACGAAGCUAUUGAAGUUUACGAAAGUUGUUACACUGGUAAACCACCAGGAUUAAUAUUUCAUUCAAAUUUAUACAAACCCCAUUCACUUUAUGGCUACGACCGACAUGAAGGACCGAUUCCGUGCAGAACUACGUGUUGUAUUGUUCAGUAACAAGCUUACUUACCGUCCUUAGACACUCAUCAUUACACUCUAUCAUCAUCAUCAUCCUCAUCAUGUUCACUAAUCUACUUCGCCAUUGCUCAUCCCACCGACACUUAAAUAUAAAUAAAUAAACACCAUGCAUGUGAGCAAUGCAAUCAAUCAGAGAGCUUUCACAUUAAAUAUUUAAUGUUUUUUCUUGUAAAUAGCUGUUAAGUUGUUAUUUUACGACGUAUAUUAUAAUAUACGUCGAGCAAUGCGUUUUUUAAAUGCAACGUUAUAUUGUUAAAGUCUCGAGGUGCAAAUAUUAUAGAUAAAAAAAAGAAAAAAAAUGUGACACUAAAAAAAUUUAAGCAACAUGAAAUUUAUGUCAUUUAUUUAUCAUCGUUGGUUGUUAUACCAUUGUUAUUAUUAUUUUUAUUACUAUUAUUAUUAUUAUUACGAUUAUUAUUACUUAUAUUUUAUUUUUUAAAUGUGUAAGUCACUUGAUAAAGACAAAAGGGCGAGUAACACCAAAAUAUAAUAUUAAUUAAAUCGAUUUACGUUACACCGGAAACAUUUACAUGCACAGAAAAAAAUGAUUUUUUUAGCGCUAAAAAUUUUUACUUCUUUCAAAAAAAUUUCUACUUGCCCUGGAAAUUUUUUGCAUUAUAAAUUUAAAUCAAAAAUUUUCUUGGGCGGGAAAACUUGAAGUGAGAAAAAAAUUUUUAGUCAAUAAAUUUUUUCCAGCCCUAAGAAAAUUUUUUCCUUCAAUUUAUAAUAAAAAAAAUUUCGUGUGGCAAAUAAAAAUUUUCUUGGGCGGGAAAACUUGAAGUGAGAAAAAAAUUUUUUAGUCAAUAAAUUUUUUCCAGCCCUAAGAAAAUUUUUUUCUUCAAUUUUACGAUAAAAAAAAUUUCUUGUGGCAAAUAAAAAUUUUCUUGGGCGGGAAAACUUGAAGUGAGAAAAAAAUUUUUUAGUCAAUAAAUUUUUUCCAGCCCUAAGAAAAUUUAUUUCUUUAAUUUUACGAUAAAAAAAAUUUCUUGUGGCAAAUAAAAAUUUUUUUGGGCCGAGAAAACUUUUUUUGAAGUAAGAAAAAAAAUUUUCCAGUCUUCAGGAAAUUUUUUUCUUCAAUUUAAAAUCAAUUAUGUGCAAAAUAUUUCUUGCGCCAAAAAAUUCUUUUUUUCUGUGAAUAUAUAACUAAAUAUACAUAUAUAUAAAUAUAUGUAUCGUCCUAUGCAUUGUUAUUAUCAUUAUAAUAUCAUCUCCAUCGUCAUUAAUUAUGGGUAAUAUUAUUUUUUAAGAUAUAUAUUCAUUGAAUGAUUAAUUAAGAGAGUUAACGGUGAAGUAUGAUGUCAAUACAUCAAUUGUUAUCAUGGCAUAUUUUUUACUUGAAAAUGGCCGUUGCUCAGGAAUGAUUUGAUGAGUGCUCACAAAAAACAAGAUCAUAACAAUUUACAUAUUUAUUAUUAUUAUUGAUUAUUAAUUAUUAAUUAUUCGGGUUAUUGUUGUUACGAUAAUAAUAAUAAACAAAAAAAAAAUUGUAAAACCGGAAGUAGGUAAUAGACUAGCUCUUAUCUAAUAUAUGUUUUUCGACGCACACGUCGAUGCUGAUGAAUAGAUUUUUUCUUUUUACUUAACGCAAUAGAAUUGUAGUUUAUUAUAUUUGAUAAUUGAACUAAAGAUGGAGAUGAGGUGAAGAAAAAAAUUAAAUUGAAUAAAUAAACUGAAGCAAGUGUAACUUCGCAAGCUGCGUAGUUUAUGAUAGCUGAUACGACAAUGUAAGGUGUCACUAAUAGGCAAGCAGAGCUUGAUAAAUCAUCAGUGGGAAGGCUAAAUAUUUUAUUUAAACAAUAAUAAUCAUUAGGGAUGAAUGAUUCAAACAAAUGUUAUACAAUGUUAUAUAUAUAUAUAUUAAAUAUUAAAAAAUAAAAAAAAAAAACAAAUACAAACAAACAUUAAAUAUAUAGAGCGAUGAUUAUUAAUUACUGUAGAUUAAAAAAAAAAACACUUGUGUUGAUUCGGAAUUAAAUUUUGCCAUUGAUGGCUUUUUUGAAUUAAGCGCCAAUUUUUCAAACCCGGUUUAUUUUUAAUACGGCUUCAAAUUAUUAUUGCUGGUAUAUAUAUAUAUUAUUAAUAUAUACUAGUAAUAUAAAUUUAUCAGAUAAACCCGGUUUGAAAAAGUGGCGCGAAAUCUUGUCAAAUUAAACUAGAUAUUUAUCCAUAUCUAAAAUUAAAAUAAAAUCCCAUAUCGACAUCAACAAAACAAACGCAUACCUCAUAUAGGAAUAUGUAAAUAAUUAAUCACUCAUUGUUAUUAUUAUUUCUAUAUAAUAAAAGUUUCAUGUAAAAGUAAUUAUUAUUCAAAUGAAAAUGUUUGCGGCCAUUGAUAUUUUAAUUUUAUUUAUUUACUUCGGGUGCUUUUUAUUAUUUUAUUUACAACAAUACGUUUUUUUUGUUUAAAUGAAAAAUUAAAAAGUGUGCCAUUAGUUGUUUAAUAAAAUACAAUGUUCGAUUUGAUGAUAAUAUAAAACAAACGUUAAUAAAAAAUGGCACAUCGAAUUAUUGGCAUUGAAAAUAUGAAAUAUUGUGUAUGUUUAUUAUUAUUAAAUGUAUAAUAUAUCGCUAUUAUGAAGUGCGCGUUGCAUCAAUUGUGUGCCUUAUUAUGUGGCGGCCAUUUUCGUGAAAUAAUAAACAAUAACCGAACAAAAAUUUAUUUAAAAAAAACAAUAAACGAAAAAAAAAGGAGCUAAAGAUCAACGUGACAAAAGAGUGAACAUAACAAAUAUUAAAAGACAUUUUGAAAAUUUAUCAUCGUAAUUAUUAUUUUAUUUAACUUGCAAUAUUUACCACUUAAUAAAUAAUUCUUUACUUACAUUCAUUGGAUACCAAGUAA